UGGGUGACAUCAUGGAUCCCUCCAGCACUGCCAGUCUAGAGUCCAGAGGAGCCCACUUCAGGCCCCACCCUAAGUGCUUCCUGCUGCUGCAAACAUAGACCUCAGUCUCGUGAGUCUGGGAUGAAGACAGCCAGGUCUUGGGAGCCUGGAGGCCUGGCAAGAGAGGAGUCUUCUGGGGGCUGGGAGCCCUGCCCGGCCUGGCUCCUCUGGGGGCUGCUCAGGUCCAUGUGCAUGUGGUUUCCUGCAGAACAAGAUGCUCAGGGCCCAGGGGCUAAUUGGGAGCAGGUGAUGGGCUUGGCAGAGCUGCUGAGUCUAGGCUGUGAUGCUGGCUGGGCAGGGCUGGGAUCCCAAGGAUGGGCCUGGGGUCAAGGAUUCACAUAGUCAGUGCAUUGGACAUGUGGGGAGGUGCUGGGCCAAAGAGGUGGGCAUGGUAUAGGUGAGGAGAGAAUGGCCAGUGCGGGCAGGGAGUAGUGGGCAUUAGAAAUGUCCCCUUAGUAAGCAGGGCAGGGUGGGGUCUGUUCAUUUGUCAAGAUCAUCCCUGGAGGGGGACUGUCCAGUUAGUGCAGUUGGUUAGAGUGCAGUGUUGUAACACCAAGAUCGAGCAUUCAGAUCCCUGUAUCAGCCAGCCACACAAAAAAAAAAAGAUCAGCCCUAGGCAGGUUGGAGGCCUUGUCCCCCGUUAACCUAAAAACCCAAGUGGGCUAGCAGGGACUGCAGAUGUCCCUCCAAAGUAGUCCCUGCCCCCAGCCCUUGGCCCUCCACAUGCCUGGCUUCUAUUCUGAAUGCCUCCUCCUCCAGGCUGAAUUCAGGGGACCAGAAGUGGACUCUGCAGUCCUGGGUUAAUGGGCCUGGGGUGCAGCUCUCCCGCUCCUCUUCCCCCAGCUGUCCUCUGACGCCAUCCCAGCCUGCCUCACUUUGUGGCCAUGAGAGCUGCCUACCUCUUCAUUCUAGUCCUGCCUGGCCUGCUGGCUCAGGGCCAAUAUGACCUGGACCCACUGCCUCCGUUCCCUGACCACGUCCAGUACACCCACUACAGUGACCAGAUCGACAACCCAGACUACUAUGAUUAUCAAGAGGUGACUCCUCGGCCACCUGAGGAACAGUUCCAGUUCCAGUCCCAGCAGCAAGUCCAACAGGAAGUUAUCCCAGCCCCCACCCCAGAACCAAUAAAUGCAGAGACGGAGCCCACAGAGCCUGGGCCUCUUGACUGCCGCGAGGAACAGUACCCAUGCACCCGCCUCUACUCCAUACACAAGCCUUGCAAACAGUGCCUCAACGAGGUCUGCUUCUACAGCCUCCGCCGUGUGUAUGUCGUCAACAAGGAGAUCUGUGUCCGCACAGUCUGUGCCCACGAGGAGCUCCUCCGAGCUGACCUGUGUCGGGACAAGUUCUCCAAAUGUGGCGUCAUGGCCAGCAGCGGCCUGUGCCAGUCUGUGGCGGCCUCCUGUGCCAGGAGCUGUGGGGGCUGCUAGGAUGGAGCCAGCAUCCUGAGCCCUGGACCCUCCUCAGAUCCGUGGAUCCUCAGGCCAUGCCUGACCUGGUGCUUUUCUCCCCAACCCACAUUCCUUUUAUUGUGUAAAAAUUUAGUGGACUACAGCCCUAGGGGGUGUGGGGUGCGGUGCCUCAGGGCCCUCCCCCAGCCUGUGGCCACCCCUGGGCCACAGUGGGGGCUCCCCACCACCCAGUCCCCGCCCCCUGGUUGGGGGGUGUCCCAGGCCUCUCUCUGGGACCUGGGUCCCUGACGUGCCUUCUCAGUCCCUCUGAGGACAGUCCCCCGAGGUCGGUCAGCUAUGCCCCUCACCCCAGCUGGUCUGCUUGGAUUUCCGACAGUCCCCUGGGCUUGGACCACCUUUGUUUUAUACAAAAUUAAAAACAAGUUUUUACAAAA